AUGGAUGACACUCCCGAAUCUGACAUACUUUACGUCCAUUCUGUUUCUAACGCUGGCCGCCUUCUCCCAUCAUCUAGCCGCUGGAAUUCCAUUGAACUCGAGUUCAAUGUUUUCCCAAAACCUAGAGACUUUGCGAGUUAUGAGUCUCUCCCUUCAAAAUUCACAAAAUCCGUAGAUUUCAAUCUGGUUGUCACAAAUAAGAAGAACGUCAGAGGCUUUAUAUACGCGGCAUCCAUCCUUGUAUUGAUCACUGUAUUUCUAUGUAUCUUGUUACAUUUCUUGAUUAACAAGCAAAAUAAUCACCAUGCUGCAACUAAAGACCUGACUUUUGCGCUUAAACAGGCUCUCAUUUUCUUUGAUGCUCAGAAAUCUGGGUUAUUACCAAAAGACAAUAAGGUGAUGUUUCGAGGUGAUUCAGGAUCAGACGAUGGGAACGGAACUCUUGUUGGUGGUUUCUACGACUCUGGGAACAACAUCAAAUUUAGCUUUCCUACCGCUUAUACAAUCUCUCUGUUGAGUUGGUCUGUGAUCGAAUAUCAUACGAAGUAUGAAGAUAUCAGUGAGCUUGAUCAUAUCAAGAGCAUAAUCAAAUGGGGCAGUGACUAUUUGCUGAAGCUUUUUGUCCCUCCAAAUGGAACUUCUCUUAGUUCAACCACAUUGUUUUCACAGGUAGGGGGAAUAGGGAAUAACAUCAUAUCAAACGAGAACGAUAUAAGUUGUUGGCAAAGACCCGAGGACAUGAGAUACAAAAGGAUUGUCUCGAGUUGUGAUGAAACAGCCACCGAUCUGGCAGGAGAAAUUAUUGCAGCACUCUCAGCUGCAUCAUUAGUUUUCAACAAUGAUGAUGAGACAUACUCAAAGGACCUCAUUAGAACAGGUACCGAGUUAUUUGAUAUCGUGACUAAAGAAGACCCUGGAUUCGUUCAAGGUACGUACACAAUGAAAGAUAAAUGUGGGGGACAAGCAAGACAAUUCUACAACUCUACAGGAUAUAAAGAUGAGUUAGUAUGGGGAGGGACAUGGUUAUUUUUCGCGACAGGCAAUAUGAGUUAUCUCAAAUAUGCUACUGAUCAUUUUGUUUCAGCUGAAGAAGAAGAAAUAUCCGUUGAUAAAGGCAUUUUCUAUUGGAACAAUAAGCUUGCUGCUACUGCGGUUUUGUUAACAAGACUCAGAUUCUUCUCUGAUCUUGGAUACCCAUAUGAAAAUUCCUUCAUGCUAUCAACAAACUAUGUUGACUCGCUCAUGUGUUCAUAUCUGUCUCCUACUACACAUAAAACACAAGGUGGACUCAUAUUGUUAAAGCAGGAUCCCUAUGCACCCCUUGAGUUAGCCGCCACGGCAACCUUUCUUAGUAAACUAUAUAGCGACUAUCUUGCUCUUCUGCCUAAGUCUGGUAGCACUUGCAUUCAUGGCAAUAGUUUUACGGUCGAAAAUUUGCAAGGAUUUUCCAUGUCUCAGAUAAAUUACAUACUUGGAGACAACCCGAUGAAUAUGAGCUAUGUAGUAGGAUAUGGAAAUAGCUACCCAAAGCACAUCCAUCAUAGAGGAGCAUCAAUCCCAUUGGAUAAUCGAUGGCAUUCUUGUGAGGAAGGAACUACAUGGUUAAACUCAGAAGAACCAAAUCCUAAUGAACUAUUGGGAGCCAUGGUACGAGGACCAAAUGAAAAUGAUUUGUUCAUAGACGAAAGGAAUAAACCAAUGUUCACAGAACCAACAAUUUCGAGUAAUGCUGGUCUGGUUUCAGUUCUCAUUGCUCUCCAUGAUCCACCACGUUGGUCUUCACCUCCAAAUGGUGGAGGUAAUCUGUUAGGUAUAGAUAAGUUUGGUAUCUUCCAAAAUAUUAAGUAA